GUGACCAGGAGUGUGUCUACCCCGCCCUCAUCCCGUCCUCCAAUGUCAGUCACCCGCUCAGCCAUCGGAAUUGGAGGCCCGGGCUCCCCUGCCCGCUUGCUGGAGCAGACACCCAGCAUUUGGCUCUGAACUCGGCCACGCUUACCCAUCCUCUUAAUGCCAGCCUGUUAUGUCCAUUUUACAAAUGGGGAAACUGAGACUAGAGGAAUGGGAUCUGAGAAAGAUAGGGAGCCACCUGUGCAAUUACAGGACAGUUAGGCACCUUCCCUGGGGCGAGGGAGGUCUUGCUGGCUUCCUGGAGAGUCACGUUUUUCUACAUCCACAGGGGGCUCGCUGGCUCUCUGUCUGGGACUGCUGCCAGAGGCUUUCUGGAAGAGGCAUUGUUCUUCCAAGGCGCUAUGCUGGCGUGGGAGCCGGUGAUGGCCACCAAGAGUUGGGGAUGGACCGUGUGCAAGGGGGAUCCCAGACAGAGCUGAAGCCCCCUACAAACUGCUGCAUGAGUGGCUGUCCCAACUGCGUGUGGGUGGCGUAUGCAGAGACUCUGCUGCACCACUACCAGGAUGGUGGAGAAAGGGCCUUGGCCGCCCUGGAAGAGCACGUGGCUGAUGAGAACCUCAAGGCCUUCCUCAGGAUGGAGAUUCGGCUCCACACUAAGAAUAGAGGCUGAGCCACCUUGCCCCACGGACCCUCAGUCUGCAGAGACACCCGUGGGCAGCUCCUGUUCAGGAAGCAACAGUGUCCCCUUGAGUCACACUCCUUCUGUGGGCUGUAUCUUCUGGGAAUAGAAGGAGUUGUCUUAUUGACUGCCUGGAAAUAAAUGAAUUCCUUGUGGUUGCUG